CCCCACCACAAUCACUCAAUAUUGAGGGAUUUACAAUCUCUACUUUUUGUUGAGAUUCUUCACAAUCACUCAAAACUAACUUUUUACCUUUAGAACAAAACCACAAUCUAAACCUCCAAAUAAGAUAUUUGCCUAAUACAUCAAUUGAUUCAAUACAUCAAAUGAUAAUACACUAAUUAUCACAAUACAUCAAUUUGAAGAAUCACAACUUCCAAACAAGCACUAACUUUUUCGCCUUUCUUCCGCUUGCCGUCUCCGCUUUCCCUUCACUUUCGCACUCAGCGGCAUUUUCAACGGGCGCCGGCGGGAAAGAAAGAAGAAGGAGAAACCAUUUUUAGAUGGCGGCGGCGGCGAAGAUUGCUCCGUCGAUGCUGUCCUCGGACUUCUCAAAUCUGGCGACAGAGGCUCAGCGGAUGCUCGAUUGCGGCGCCGAUUGGCUUCACAUGGACAUCAUGGUACAUCCUUCCUUCUUCUUACUUCCUUCCUUCAAUGUCUCCGUCUUCUCCUAUUACGAUCGUGUAUGUAUCGCGAAAUAAUUGAGUUUCCAUCGUCUCUUCUGCAGGAUGGGUACGUUGGAAAGUUACUUGGUCUGGGAAAUGACCAUUUUUCUGGUUCAAUUUCUUUUCACCUACUUUUUACCCCAUGCUGUUCAUCCAAGCUCUUAUGUCGAAUUUGUUGAUCACCCCGUAUCAAUCUGUCUGUCCAUUUAUCUGGGUUUGUUUUUGUUCUACUUGGAGCUGCUCCUUAAGAUAAAAAGAUCCUUGCUUGGAAUGGAAAUGGAGAAUUCGUUCAGUUAUUCGAUGUUUUGCUUUGACUGUCCGUGCUAGGGUUCAAGCGGAUGAAACAGUGUUGUGCCACGAAAUUGGGAUUUAUGAUUGUCUGCAUUCCAAUCAAACUUGGUCUAUUCUUGGUUAUGAAUCGUCCUGAUAACUCGAGUAGUUGAGAUCGUAUUAUGAGUCUUAUCCUAGCUAGUGCCUGUUGUUCCCUAUAUAAUUACUUGCAUAGACAAGGGAUGAGGUAAGGAGGAAGGGCCGAAUUUUAACUCAUCUAGACAGUUCAUACCAUAAGCUUGUAUUAGGGAUGGAAGUAACGAACUUGCUUGAUUUAGAAUCUCUGCAGUGGCCUUUACGUCUCAUUCAUGUUACUUCUCUAUGCUGAGUAAACAUUUGAAUUUCUGAUAAAUCCUGUCUCUUGGUAGUUGAUGCUAAUUUCGAGUGGCUAGGUGCUAAAUUUUUCAUCUUCUUGUAGCCACUUCGUUCCAAAUCUAACCAUUGGUGCUCCGGUGAUUGAGAGCUUGAGGAAGCACACCAAGUAACAUCUUUUAUCCCCUUAUGCUGGCUUUCCCAAUCUCUUAACAACGCAUAACAGCUAACAAUCUUAAUCCUCUUCUACAUUUUUGUUCUCUUUCAGGGCAUACCUAGACUGCCACCUGAUGGUCACAAACCCUCUUGAUUAUGUUGAGUCUUUCGGUAAAGCAGGUGCUUCAGGAUUUACAUUUCACAUUGAAGCUGCCAGAGAAAAUUGGAAUGAACUGAUUCAGAAAAUAAAAGCUAAGGGCAUGAAGCCUGGUGUGUCGCUUAAACCUGGAACUCCCAUCGAAGAGGUUUAUCCUCUGGUUGAAGGUGAAAAUCACGUUGAUUUAGUCCUUGUGAUGACUGUGGAACCUGGUUUUGGAGGACAGAAAUUCAUGCCUGAAAUGAUGGACAAGGUACGGAAGCUGAGACAGAAGUAUCCAUCCCUUGAUAUAGAGGUGGAUGGCGGGUUAGGUCCAUCAACGAUUGAUGCAGCAGCAUCAGCCGGAGCAAACUGCAUUGUGGCAGGGAGCUCGGUGUUUGGCGCUCCUGAGCCAGCGCAAGUAAUAUCCCUCAUGAGAAAUCGAGUGGAGGGAGUUAAAGCUGCCUGGUAACUGGAGAUUAACCAGAGCACAUUCAUGAGUAAUGUACAUUACUACCUGACUGUUGUGUCCCAUUUUGGGGGUUUGGCCUAUCACGCCAUUGUUGUUGUUGUUGUUGUCUGUCUGUCUCUUCCAUUCCAUGCCUCCAUGUUCAUGAUCUAUAGAAAUAAACAUCUCGGGACAUGAUAGUUAAGGGUGAGCGAUGUUCGACCCAUAUCAGAUUGAAUUAAAGCGGAUCAUAUAUAAUUCGAUCGUUCAUUCUCUAGUUUUUUGUUUCGAUCUCGAGUGUCUUCAUAAAGCAAACAAAAAAACUCAAGAUUAGAUGUGCUUUUGAUCUGAUAUCCAUUUUCGUUCCGAUAUUUUCGAUCGCGAUUUAUUCUUCACCCGAUUGAAUCAUGCCUAUCUAAGUUGAUGAUCGAAUAAAGUUUUUGUUUUUCUCAUCGAGUAUAUGAAUAUGAUCAUGCAAUAUUGGUAUGGAUGUAUUUGUUUAUAACAUCUGUGAAGUGCACGUGAGGGGCACUCGUGCCUGUGACUCAUUCUCUUGGCCAUAUCAAAGCAACAGCGGGCAUUGAUCUCGAGAUGGAAUCAAAUUGAGAAAAAUAGAUCUUUUGUGGUGAUAGCAAAAAAUGCAGAGUCCAAUGCCCAUCACGAGUGGUCACGUGCCAAUGCUCAAAAAGGCCUUUUUGCAUAGUUUUGUUUUCUGUGAACCUUUGGAACUCGAAGGAAUGUUCAUAUGGAAAAUGGUUGGAGUGAUUGAUGCCUGGAGGUGCCAAUUUGAUCUAGAAUGGGGUGAAUCGGUAUAGAGUUAGAUGAAACAUGAAAGGAAGAUAAGAACCAAAAUUAUCAUAAAAUGCAUUUGAUUUGAUUAGAUUAUUUUUCGUUGAAUCAAUUGAAUUUGAUUAUUUUUUAUUCUUAUUUAUUUAGUUCAGAGGUCUGCACUGUAAGAAAUAUGAUUAACAUCGUUGGUAUAAUCAUCUUCAAAGACAAAGUAGGUAUAUUUUACAUAUGCAAACCCCAUUGUAGACUUUACAUUUUAUAGUGAUUUUUUCAUCAAAACCAUAAAAUUGUAUUGGGAUCAAGGGUGUACCCAAAGCAUACACCUCUAAAAUUGGGGCGAGGGGAAUUAUCGACCGCAGUAAUAGUUUUGGUUAGGUGAAAAGAAAAAAUGGUUGGUAGUUUCUAUGAUUUAAAAUUGUGACACUACCAUUGUCAGAAAACAUAUUAGCCAUUACACCAUAAAUUAUUUGUUGUAUGUUGCAUCAUAAAUGUAACUAUAAGCU